GUUCCAGACACCAUGGCGUUGGAGUCUCUGUGUUUUCUUCGGCAGUGGCUUCGUGAGGAGCACAGAUCUAGAAAACUCAUCCUUUUCAUCGUGUUUGUGGCUCUGCUCCUUGACAACAUGCUCAUGACCGUUGUUGUUCCAAUAAUCCCAAACUACUUGUAUCAGAUGGACAAACCUGCGACAUCUCCUCAGAACCUCAGUUCCUCUUUCCAGAACAUCGUGUCUCUGUACGACAACUCCAUCAAGACAUCCUCCACCUCUACCCAGGUCUCAACGAGUCCCAGUCCUAGUCCUAGUCCUAGUCCCAGUCCUGGUCUAGUCCGGGCAAAUUCCUCUGACUGCCCCUCCUCCAAAUCCAGCCUGGUGAACGAGAACGUCAAAGUGGGACUCCUCUUCGCCUCCAAAGCCACAGUGCAGCUCAUCACCAACCCCUUCAUCGGACCACUGACCAACAGGAUUGGGUACCAAAUCCCCAUCUUUGCUGGCUUCUGCAUCAUGUUCCUGUCCACCAUCAUGUUUGCAUUUUCCUCCAGUUAUGCUCUGCUCUUCGUCGCUCGAUCUCUCCAGGGAGUCGGCUCCUCCUGCUCCUCAGUUGCAGGUAUGGGGAUGUUGGCGAGCGUGUACACAGAUGAUGAGGAGCGAGGACACGCCAUUGGAAUCGCUCUGGGAGGCCUGGCCAUGGGCGUGCUCGUGGGUCCUCCAUUCGGCAGUGUCUUGUAUGAGUUUGUGGGAAAAACGGCUCCAUUCCUGAUCCUGGCUUUUAUCGCCCUAUUUGAUGGAGCUCUGCAGUUGUUCGUUCUGCAGCCAACCAAAGUGGAGCCGGAGAGUCAGAAAGGAACUCCUCUGCUCACACUGAUGAAGGACCCGUACAUCAUCAUCGCUGCAGGAGCGAUCUGUUUUGGGAACAUGGGGAUAGCGAUGUUGGAGCCCACUCUGCCAAUCUGGAUGAUGGAGACGAUGUGUGCAGCUAAAUGGCAACUGGGUGUGGCCUUCCUCCCCGCCUCCAUUUCCUACCUGAUCGGCACCAACAUCUUCGGAACUCUGGCUCACCGCAUGGGCAGGUGGCUGUGUGCUCUCAUCGGGAUGGUUCUGGUUGGAAUCAGUGUGAUCUGUGUGCCUUUUGCCAGUAACAUUUACGGCCUCAUCCUCCCAAACUUUGGAGUGGGAUUUGCCAUCGGUAUGGUGGACUCUUCGAUGAUGCCGAUCAUGGGGUACCUGGUCGACCUGAGGCACGUGUCUGUUUAUGGGAGCGUUUAUGCCAUCGCAGACGUGGCUUUCUGCAUGGGCUUCGCUUUGGGUCCCUCCAUCGGUGGCUCCAUCGCUCAGAGCAUUGGUUUCCCGUGGCUGAUGACCAUCAUUGGGCUGGUGGACAUCAUGUUCGCUCCUCUGUGUCUGUUCUUGCGCAGUCCUCCCGGCAACGAGGAGAAGAUUGCUAUUCUGAUGGACUCAAACUGCAGCAUGAAGACCCGAACCUACUCGACCCAGGAGCCGUAUCAGGGCCAAGAUCCGGACUUGGAUUUGGACCCGGACUACGACGAGGACUACGAUUAACCUCCG